GGGAUAAAUGCGUUUUAUUAAUCCAAAAUGGAGUAUAACGUAAACAGCUCUUUUGCAAUCGCAUUAGUCGACGACCUCCAUGUCCGACAGACCAGCACCUACCGCCGGCGCCGCCACUACCUCCACGAUGCCUGUCGGUGCUGCCACGAUCCGGCCUACCACAACUACCACGGUGCCACCACCCACAUGCCUAGGGCUGUGUGUCUUCAACUCAAAUGACCCCAAGGACAAGGACUACUGCGGAGUCGACCCCAGCACAUCUACAUCGCCCGCAUCAUGCUCCGAUGGCAUCCGCGUCGUGGUGCAAUGUCCUUCCAAUACUUCAUCAUGCCGCGUCCCCAGUAACCUCCCACGCAUCCUUGGUGCAUCAGUCCCGUCCAUCUUAGGUGAAUUCGACCGGUGGAUCAGCCAUGCUACAACCACCCCAUCAGUUUGCAGGUCGACUCUUUCUUCCUCCAUCAACGAAUUUCCCUGUGGCGUGCCACGUUUCACCAAUGCGCCGGUGGAAAAUCUGGUCACGUCCUCCCCGCGCCCUGUCUCCACCAUUGCGUCGGCUCUUGGUCCCGAGGCAGCCGUCUUGGGUCCGUCCUCCCAACCACCGCCGACGGACGCUUCAUCUCCCGCGGCCCCCCUCGUCGGGGGCAUCGUCGGCGGUCUGGUCGUCGUCGCCUUGCUGGUCUUUCUCUUGAUCCAGCGAUCCCGUCGCCGUCCGCCUCCUCCUUCUCCCGACUUGGAAGGUGUUCCGUACGCCGCCGCCUCCAUCAUUUUCACACCCAAUCCACCCGCGCCGGUCGUCGCGUCCGCCGCCGGCUCUUCAACGCCGUCGUUCGUUCGUUCCGACAUUGACGACGACAUCAUCCUGGACGCCAAUCACUCGUCGUCCGCCGCCUCUCGACUUGUAGCCUCUCGGCCAGACUUGAUUGAACUAUGGAUGCCGUCGCUGGACCAAGUCAAGCCAAACCCGCUCAAAGGAGGCGACCAAGACCUCAAGGUCGUGACGGUCCACGGCCACAAGCUGGUCGUCCGGUCGUCCUCUGCAUCCGGCUUCUUGGACGCGGUCGAGUUCAUCCGGCGCUUCCGCCAUCCCCACAUCACGUCCGUCGUGGGCGUCGGGUGUGUGCAGACCUCCCAGUCGGACGUGGCUGUCGUCACCGAGUUCCUGGACCAAGGCAGCCUCGGCGCGUACUUGUCCCGAACAGUAGAAUUGGUACCAUUAACUCGACUGCGCUUGGCAUUGGACGUCGGACGCGCGCUGCAGUACUUGCAUGCAACGCACAAUCUCGCAUAUGGCGGCGUACAUCCCGACAAAAUCCUCGUCUACCGGGACCACGCGGCCUCGUUUGAUGAAAACACGAUCGUGGUGAGGGCGAAACUCAACGUGUUCCACCUCAUGACGCACGAGCAACGCCACCAGCAACGUCACCAGCAACGCCACCUGUACCAACCCAAGCGAACGUGCUGCAUCCCUUCGAGCGGCGUGCCCAACUUCAUGCCCUUCCUUGCUCCCGAGCGGCGCCAAAGGAUAGACCCGCCUACGAAACCGAGCGAUGUGUUCGCAUUGGCAGUCGUCGUCGGGAUGAUAUGGACAAACGAAAGGCCCCAUGCAGCGCUGUACGACCAACAGGGACUGGUCAGAGGUGACGUGUACUUGGCCACCCAUCCAGAGGAGACAUUCCCGUAUCUAGAAGGAAAGCUGACUGGCAUGACUCCGUCGCUGAGUCGAGUGCUCUGGCAGUGCUGGCACGUGGACCCUGCAGCGCGACCGACCAUAGACGUGGUUGUGGCUACGCUUGAGCAGCUUCUUUCGUAGAAACACACUCGCUUAGUAAUACUAUUGGCUAUACUAGUAAUACUAGGUAUGGACCAUAGAC